AAAUCAUGCUCGCGCUUUGGCGGAGUUCAAUUUUUAUGCUGCUAUGCUUUUGCUUUCGCACACGUCAAAUGAAAAUCUAAAAUUUACGAGUGUUAAAUUUUUCAAAAAAAAUUCAGUAUUUCGUCGAUUUUGCGAACUUGUUCGAUGGCUACGGAAUGCUCAAGCGGAGCACCAUUCCGUUGACAACCGAUUGGUCGGAUUAAAGUUCCAGUGGAUGCUGUUCGGAUCAGUGAUUUUUUCUUUAGGUAAAAGUGCUACCCCGCUCCAGGUGCAGCCGCAGGAUUGUUCUUUUUUCUUCGGACAAAAAGAAACCGAAAACUAAAAAAAAGGGAUCAUACAAUAAAUUUUAAUCUGUUCUUCAAUUUUGUAAAAGGACUUAGCAGUGCGCGAUUGAUGCUCUACGGUUUCGAAUUGUUGUAGGAAACUAUCAUCAUGGAAAAGAAACGAGUCACAUUAACCACAAUCGGGGACGUAGUGAAGAAGAGUCCUUUCGGUGGGGGCGGGAGUAGCCCUUUCGGCCCGAAUUCGGACAAUUUUUUCGGCGGUGCCUUUGGUGGCGUAGGGCCGGGAUUGCCUCCAGUACCAGGCAGUUCGGGACCAUCAACAAAAAAUGGCACCGCCAAGGAACGCAAAACCGUGCGAUUAGAACUGAAACUGUUCGAACCUACGGCAAAUAGUUUUCCGGAGUUCAAUUUCGCUAAAUUGGUGCGGGAAGAACGGAAACGGCAACGCAAGGUGGACAAAAAGGUCACCGCUAAUGGGUUCCUCUCGGAUGCUGCCGAUGGUGAUGACGAUGUCGCAAGAAUAGCGAAGGAGCUUGAGAAAAAAUAUGGAGCUGGAACGGCAUACAGUAGCUCGGGGAAGUUUGCGCGAUCCAGUCAGUUGGACUAUUGCGAUCGCGGUUAUGGCUACGACGAGGAUGAUUCGUUUAUCGACAACACGGAGGCGUAUGACGAGCUCAUCCCUCAAGAAGUGGAAACAGUAUGCGGAGGUUUCUAUAUAAACUCGGGUCAGCUAGUUUUCACAACGCUCUCAAACUUCGAACGGCCAGAGGAUGCGGUGCGGAUGCCGAAGCCAAAGAAACGACCAUUGUCAAGCUCAAGCGAAAGCAGUGAACCGGAAGAAACAACGCCAAGUACAUCUAAGGCAAAGCGGAAAGACGAGCUCGGGAGUGCAACUAGUGGAGCAGAAAGUGGGCCAGGAAAAAGCCGAAAAGUUGAACGGAAGAAGCUCAACGGACACUUGGGCAAAAAGCAAAAAACUAGCGGUGACGAAAGGCCGCCUUUACCGCAGAAAGAAGGAAAGAAGAAAAAAGAAAUUGCUGGAGGAAAAGAAAUCAAGGUAGUAAAAACGACAACUGUCAAGGAUAUGUUGAAAGCAAAACGCGAUAGCUUCCGGAAGAUGACGCAAGAAAAGAAAGGUCGAAGCAGUGGGUCUGUUUCGAGCUCUGAAUCAGGUGACGAUGAAGAUCGUGACGAAGAUGGCAGUGAAGAUGAAGAUGGGAGCGAUGGUAGCGAUAGCGAUUCCAGUGGAAGCAGUUCAGAUGAUUCUGACAGUGAAAGUGCAUCGGAAAAUGAGAAGGAUGGCCAAGCCAUUGGAAGCGAAGCAUCGAAAAAGAAUGAAAUCAAUCUUCCAGAUAAUCUACCAGACCAUUUGCUGCAAGAUUUGAGAAGCCUCAGAGAGGUGCCUAAAAAUGCUAAAGGCAAAGUUAAUUUCUUUGAUAAUUCUGUGGCAGACUUAUUGUUGCAAAUUGAUGUCAGCUCAAGAAUUUGCGGAGGAAGCGCUAGGAAUGCCAUCUAUAAACAUUUGGAGGAUCAAUUAAAAGUUAGUCGCCAAACUUUGAUGAUCAAGAUUAAGAAAAUACGCAUUAGGAAAGAAGAUAAUAAGGUCAAGAAAGCAUUGGGUAAGCUCGAAGAUGCCGUUACUGAGGUGAUGCCGAAGAUUAUUACCAACUAUGAACAGGAGAAAUUGAAGGUGUCCGAAUUGCGCAUAGCCAUGUCGGUAGCAGGAGUAGAAAAUGGAGAUAAAGCUGAAAUAAAGUCACCUAAAAAGAAAUUUCCUUGGAACGAUCAAAUUCGAAAUCUUCUAUUUGAUAUUGCUACGAUACGAAAACAAUCAUUCCAUAUUCUUCGACCAAGAAAAGAAACGGAAGAAGAUUUUAUUAAUACCUACUUGAAAAAAAAUGUAGUUCCCCUAUGGCCAAGCGGAUGGAUAAAAUUUGAAGAUCUUCAAAGGGAACUUGAUCGACGGAAGAAACCAGUCGUGAAGCAAAUAGCUAAGGAUUUGAAAAAAGCUUCCCUAGCUACGAAUCCAGUACCGGUGAGUUCUGCUACCCCAACUUCAAGUGCAAGUAAUAAAGCGGAAUCAGUAUUAACACCUGUGACCAAAACCUCAAAUGCAUCAAAACUCGAUGAAAAGAAAAUUGUAAAACUUCCACAAUCAUCUCCAUCUCCGGCUGCAUCUCUUACCAUACCACCUAUAAGCACUUCGCCAAGCAGUGCCAAGAAAACCUCAGAUCAUAGUAUCAUCAAUAUUAUCAGUUCACCUCCCAGCAAAAGUUCCGCACAUUCCAGUCCUUAUCAACCGCCGAGACCUCAAUCGCAGCCCCAUAACCGCGGUUUCGAUGAAGAUCUCAUCCAAACACACGUAAUCAACCUCGAUAAAGGAGAUCCUCCCGGCCAUCACUCCUCAUCUGGUAACCUAACCAAUAUGCCUAAGGAUCUUCGAAUAAGCUCACCGGCUCUCUCGUCAGCUUCCUCUGCUUCGUCUUCGCGCAGGCCAUCAUGCUACAUGGAUCAACCACCGAUGGCUCACACAACUCCGAGCACCUCUACUAUUCAUGGGAAUAGUCCUAGUCAGCGAAAGGAUCGGCGUAGUUUAGACGACGACAGUGACAGCAGUAUAGAAAUCGUCGGAGAGUACAACGUGUGGGAUGGCAAAAAAGUAGAUCCACUCAAUUUAGCUCUUCCAACCAUCAACAAGGAUAAGUACAAAAAAAUCAAUAGCAUAACAAAGGGGAGCAACAAAGGAUCAAUGGCAAGCAAUAUCACUCCGGUAGCAUUUAAUCAGAACAAUAAUCUAGACAAGGCGGCAAAGUACGCGAAAGCUUCGGGAUCAGUUUCGGCCCCGGUCGGUGGAUUCGCGCUGCCAACCAUGGCGAUGAAUCUGAUGCCGAAUAUGAAAACAUCCAAUUCAGGCCCUAGCUCAUUACCUCGAAUGCAAUCGGCUCCCGGUGAAUUGGAUGUGAUGCGCAUAAUGAAGGAACUUCAGGAGCUCCAGGCCGUUCAAAUAAGCACGGUAACCAAAACUGGAAGUUCUAAUGAUGGACACAAAGCUACGCACAGCUCGGCUCCAUCCAAAAAUCAACCUCACCCUACGAAUGCUAAUCAACAUCAGCAACAGUCUCACCAUAAAAUCGCGAAUCCGAUUCCCAAUGGAAAUUUCGGUGAAAGUAAGCCGAACUCGGCAUCCAAAAUAAAAUUGAUAAAUCCGGCAGCGGUGAGGAUGAAAAAUGUGAAUCCAAAUUGAACACAAGCAGUCAAAUGAGCUGGUCCACGUUUCACAUACCCAAAACACAAAUGUACAUCCAAGAUGUUGUUCGAUAAUUUAUUGUUGUUUGUAGGUAGUUUAAGCAUCCUUUGUAGGACAACUGUGUCUAUUGGCUGGUAGGUUGAACUGUGCCAGAUUUGUCGAAACAAAUCAACCGUUGUAACAACCAAUGAAUACAUUUGAGUGAUUGAUUUUCUUAACUUUAUCAAAACGAAAGCUAUUUGGAAAGUUUGGUUGGAAUUUCAAAUUUAAUUUAUAGGAAAAAAGUUAAACGGUUAAAUAUUCUUUUUUCAUAUAAAUGACGAGUCGGAGGUAAAAUUAACAUUCAAUAAAGCAAAAAAAAAAACUGUCGAUUUGAAGUGGAUAAUAUAACUUUACGUGUUUAUACGUGGAUGGAUAGGAUGAUUAGACAUAAAUUGGAAAUUCUUAAAAAUAAACUUAUGGUAUAAAUAAAAAAUUAUAAUUUUUAAAA